UUGUCAACCGAUAGCCUGAUACAUCUCAAAAUCCCUAGUUCUUUCGCGGCUACCUGCCCCCUCUUUCUCUGUGUCUCUCUCUUCAAACUCAAAGCUUUGAUUACAGUAGAGAGUUGAGUCCCAUGGCCAUGACUAGUGAGACCUCCCAUGAGAACAAAGACCAGCAGGAACAGGAUGAAGACCAGAGCUUCGAAGAUCUCGGGCUCGAUCCUCGCUUGAUUCGUGCCCUAACCAAGAAAAACAUUGACAAGCCCACCCCAAUCCAGCGUGUCGCAAUCCCACUCAUCCUUGAAGGUAAGGACGUGGUUGCUCGCGCAAAGACUGGUUCUGGAAAGACAUUCGCAUACCUACUUCCCAUGCUUCAGAAAAUUUUAUCCGAAUCUGCUCCCAAGGAGAAGCUCGCUCCAACAGCAUUCGUUCUCGUCCCUACACGAGAAUUGUGCCAACAGGUUUAUUAUGAGGCAUUAUCCUUAAUUGAGUUAUGUAGAGUACAAUUGAAAGUUGUACAAUUGACAAGCACGAUGUCGGCUUCCGAAUUGAGAACGGCAUUGGCAGGACCACCUGACAUUUUGGUUUCUACACCUGCUUGCAUACAGACAUGCCUGUCAAAAGGUGUCUUACAACCAUUGUCAGUUCACGAUGCGCUUUCAAUUCUUAUUCUCGAUGAGGCAGAUCUUCUUCUGUCAUAUGGAUACGAAGAGGAUCUAAAAGCUCUUACAGUUCAUGUCCCUAGACGCUGUCAAUGUCUUCUAAUGUCGGCCACCUCAAGUGCUGAUGUUGAAAAGCUGAAAAAGCUUAUUCUACACAAUCCUUACAUCUUGACCUUGCCUGAAGUAGGAGAUGUUAAAGAUGAAAUUGUCCCCAAAAAUGUGCAGCAAUUUUGGAUUUCAUGCAGUGCUCGUGAUAAGCUUGUCCACAUCCUUGCCCUCUUGAAAUUGGAGCUGGUUCAGAAAAAAGUGCUGAUAUUUACUAAUACAAUUGACAUGGGUUUUAGACUGAAAUUAUUCCUUGAACAGUUUGGAAUCAAGUCUGCUGUUUUAAAUGCUGAGUUGCCACAAAAUUCUCGUCUGCAUAUCCUCGAGUCUUUCAAUGCUGGACUUUUUGAUUAUUUAAUUGCAACUGAUGACGGCCAAUCAAAAGAGAAGGAACAAGCUGAUGGGGAGAGUCAUGUUGAGCGCAGAAAGUCUCGGAAGCACGCUAAGCAAAAAUUGGACUCUGAAUUUGGAGUAGUCAGAGGAAUUGACUUCAAAAACGUGCACACAGUAAUAAAUUUUGAUAUGCCUCAAAGUGCUGGAGGAUAUGUUCAUAGAAUUGGACGAACAGGAAGAGCAUAUAAUACUGGUGCAUCUGUGUCUCUUGUUUCUCAAGAAGAGAUGGAAACUUUUGAAGAAAUCAAAUCAUUUUUUGGAGAGAGUGAAAACAAGGACUCAAAAUUUAUUGCUCCAUUUCCUUUGCUCACUAAGAAUGCAGUUGAGUCUUUACGUUAUAGAGCUGAGGAUGUUGCAAGGAGUGUGACAAAAAUUGCUGUGAGAGAAUCACGGGCUCAGGAUCUGAGGAAUGAAAUUCUAAAUUCUGAAAAGUUGAAGGCUCAUUUUCAUGAUAAUCCAAAAGACUUGGAUCUUUUGAAGCAUGACAAGGUCCUUAGCAAAAAGACCCCUGCUCCUCACCUACGAGAUGUGCCUGAGUAUCUAUUGGACCCAACAACACAGGAAGCAAGCAAGAUUGUCAAACUUGCUAGAGCUGCAAUGGGAAAUACCAAUUCUGCUCGUCGAAAGGGAUUGAAGGGAAAAUUUAGAAAAAAUAGAGACCCUCUCAAGACUUUCUCCGCUGAGGCACCGAAAAAAGCUUUUAAAGGUGGGGUGAAGAGGAAGGAUAAAGACAUGAAUGAUAGUCACAAAAGGAAAAAGAACAAAUCUGUUUAAUUCAGCUUACUAUAAAUUAUUAAAACCUUGGGUUAGUCAUUAACCUCACAAUUUUGUAUUAUUUUAUGGUGGUAAAUGCCCAAAAUUUUGCAUGUUGUACUA